AUGCUAACAUUUUCAAAACUUGUUCCAAUAGGAUGGAUCGCUCAUCUUGGAACAUGUUUUUAUUUAGUGCGACCUCUUCGUUCAUUAUCAUAUCGAGCUCUUCUGACAAUUGUUCCAUGUGCAGUUUUGCUAUAUGCUGGAUCUCAAAAUCUUCCUUAUUUUCAUAUAUCAUCUGUCAUGACAGUUUCACUUUACUGGAUGAUAUCAAUUCGCCUGGUUGAUUUAAUUGUAUUUUCACCCGAGAAGCCACUUUCACUGCUUUCAUAUAUUGGAAAGUUUUUAUGGUUUUUAUUUCCCAUCGUCAAAUGUAAUUACAACUAUCCGAUUAUUUUUGAUGUUAUUUCAGCUGGUAUUAAACUUUUAUUAGCUCACUGGGUUUAUCGAUGGUUCCUGAUCUGCGAACCGAGUGAUAGUUAUGCUCAAAUGGGCAUGUUCUAUUUGUUUAUCUGUACAGGCACAUAUAUUACUGACGUACAAAUUGCACUCGUUCGACUUAUAACACGUGAUAAAUAUACUAUUUUAUCAUUCAAUGAUUUUCCAUUUAAGUCACGAUCUAUUCGAGAAUUUUGGGGCCGUCGCUAUAAUCAACUCGUUAGUUCACUUCUUAAAGAAUCCGUUUUUGAACCUACUCGACGUUUAUUUUCUUUCUCAUCAGCAGUGGCUGCUCUAACUAGUUUUAUAGUGAGCGGUCUACUUCAUGCUCAUGUAGCUGUUGCUUGUUUCGGUGCAUCAUCUCCAUUGCCUGCAUUUAUCUUCUUUCUUCUACAAGGUGCUGCGUGUUGUGCAGAAUCAUUUUUUUCAAUUAAAUUACCUACCCCAGCUGGAAUUGUAGUUACACAUAUGUUUCUUCUUGUAACAGCACCACUCUAUGUCGGACUAUUUACUCGUGCUGGCUCCACUUAUUUUCCACUCAAUCCACCUCCAUUAUUGAAUGCAAAAUGGUUACCUCAGUUACCAAUAUCCAGCUUUUCUCCAAAAUAG